AUGCCAGACUAUGUGUAUGCACUUCACGACUUUCAGCCCGAAAACGAGGACGAAGUUGACUUCCGUGCGGGUGAGCCCAUCGAGGUCAUAGAGAGAGAUGAUCAAUACAGCGAUGGCUGGUGGCAGGGACGCAAUCUUGCAGGUAAAAUCGGCCUGUUUCCCAAAAGCUAUACCACACCGGCUGCCCCCGCCCCUCCACGUGCAUCUUCACCAGAAUCCACCGCUGGCCCUUCCAUAAAUGAGCCUCCCGACGUAUUACACACAGUUGAUGAAGAGGCAGCUUCAUUCGUCGGUAGCGACGCUGAGUCCAACAUUGGUGUCGCCCUUGGCGAACCACCUUCAGCACAUCAGGAGGAAGUUAUGCAUGCUACUAUGACAGACGUCCAGAAGGCCAUCGAGCAGCUUGGCCGACAUGAUCGGGAUGGAACUCGCAGCUUCAGCUUCGCUAGCACUCGGCACGGAGACACAGAUCGCGAAACGGAUACAGAAACCGACGGAGAUUCCAGCUUACGGGAGGAUGGAGAGGACUGGCACCGUAGUGCUCGAGACAAGCUUGCAGAACAGGCACGUAAAGUCGUGGAAGCGAAGGCCGCUGCAGGAGUGGAUACCCGCUCGCUCGCUCCUCCGAUAGACAUCGAAAUGAGUGAUGAGAGUGAGGCAGAAGAGGUGGACGACACAUUUCAGAAUGUACGCCGGGUGGCACGUGAUCAUCCCCAUAUCCCUGAGGAAGAUGAGGAAGAUAAUGACAACGAUGGCGCAGUAACCCUGAAUCGCAGGAGGAGGAACUUGAGUAUGGCUUCACCUAUGACACUCCCAUUGCAAGCUUUGCCAUCCCUUUUAUCCAAUGAUGGUGAACAAACAGCCAAAGUUCAUAAGACGACAUUUUCUGUUACCUCAACCUCUCGCGCAAUCUCCCCAGCGCCUACUGGUCGUGAACGCAACGGAUCUCAAUCUCGGUCCGCUCCCGUAUCUCCUAUGGUUAACAUAUUCGCACCUGCACCUGUUCUUGCCGUCGAGCCAUCCUCCAUACAGUUACCUGCUUCCCCGGAACCCAGUCAACCCACCACCCACGCUGCUCCCACGCCUGUGAUUCGCCCAGUUUCCAAUGCUGCUUCCUCCCCCAUCCCACGUGUAGUGAGCCCACCACCGACGUCCAAGCACCUUAGUGUUGCAUCCAGCGGUCAAGUCUCUACCACUUCCAUGCCACAGAUGUCGCCUGAACUCACACGGGAAAGUAGUCUGAUGAAGUCUGUUUCUCCAUCGGAGUGGAGCGUUGAAGAAGUUGUUGACUGGCUAAAGUCUAAGAGUUUUGGCCAGGACAUCUGCGAUAAGUUCAUAGAACAAGAGAUCACAGGCGAUGUUCUACUAGAGCUUGACAUUAACCUCCUCAAGGCUGAAAUUGGCAUUGUCGCAUUUGGGAAGCGUAUGCGCAUUGCCAACGCUAUUGCCGAACUACGACGACCUCUAUCAAUCAUCUUCCCAGAUGUCCAGUCGCCACAACAUCCUCAGUCAUUGUCGCACUCCCAUUCAUACUCCUACACACAUUCGCGUUCUGGCUCAACCCAUCAGUCUCUGAACAGCCCCAUGUUCGCAACAACCGUGAGCUCAGCUCUUACUGCACCGAACUCAGCGACGUUUGGUUCGAUGUGCACCACUGAGAGUCCAGCUGCAGACAUGAGCCAAUUCGCAGAAAGAGUAUCUAGUUUAUCGAGCACUGGUGCUAGUAUCAUUGGAGGCUCGCUGGACAAUCAUGUCUCGUCUAGUGCGGUGGGUCUUGGCCUCGGGGUCCCACCGAACGGUAACGGACACAAGCGUACGGCGUCGGGUCAACUUGUAUUAUCACCUAGUGAUGGUGCCUUGAACAAACGAUCUCGAGAGGACGCACGCAAGCCUGAAGAGUUGCAAGACGAUGAUCGCGGUGCCUUGAGCGAGGGAGAAAUUGUACCAUCUGCCACCAAGCAAUGCCGGCACCUCUUUAGCCGUUCCACAGAGUCCACGUCUACCGCAAAGGAGAAGGGCGACACUUCCUCCAAUUCUAAUAACAAUUCUACCACCGCACUCCCGACCUCAGUGCCCUUGGCGUUGGCGGUAACACCACCCAGAUCAUCACGGAAACGGGAGCUGCUGGACGAUUCCAGUAUUGGUAGCAAGCAUAGCCGGAAUAAGCGGGACGGUACGACGAAAGGCACAGAGCGGCAUAGUUUGUUCGGCAGCACUUUCUCUACUUCCCUUGGGAGGGCCAGGAAGCCUCCCCCAAGGAUCAGUCCGUCGUUGAUUGCCAACGAAAGCCCAAUGGAGAAACCUUCGAGUCUCAAUCUUUCCCGGCUGUACGGCAGCAGCAAGAAGUCAUUGGCUCGCCCAUCAACGUCAGACGGAUCGCUUUCCAGCACUCUUCGCAAUCCCUCGCACAGCGAUUCUCUGGAGGAGAAGAGAAAGUUGAGGGAAAAGGAGAAGACACUUGAAAAGCUGAGAGGCAAGGAUGCGGAUAGUCAAACGCUGAAAGAGAAAGAGUCCCCGACGGUACUGAAAAAGCACGAUGGUCCCGAGAGCCAGUCUCAAGGUCCUACGUUCAAACCAGGAAAGAGUAUCAUUGACCAGAUCGGCAUCCCUGAUCACCAAGGAUGGAUGCGCAAGAAAGGCGACCACUACAAUGCCUGGAAGGUGCGGUACUUCGUUAUCAAGGGCCCACAUCUGUACAUCCUGCGGAGCGACACUAAGAUGGAGGUGAAAAUCAAGGGCUACAUCAAUAUCGUCGGAUACAAGGUUAUUGCGGACGAGAACGUCGAUCCAGGACGUUAUGGCUUCAGGAUAGUGCACGACACUGACAAGACACAUUACUUCAGCUCUGAUGAGCAAAUCGUGGUACGCGAGUGGAUGAAAGCGAUCAUGAAGGCCACCAUUGGCAGAGACUACUCGAAGCCUGUUGUUUCUUCUGUCAACAUUCCCACUAUCCCUCUAACAGUCGCCCAGGCGAUGAACCCCGCCCCCCGGCCACCGUCUCCUACCGCUCGCGAUGCGACACAAAAGGCAUUGCGCCGCGAGAAUCCAAAUCAGCUAUCUUCUCGUGAUGCUCGCGUUCUGAUGGGUUUACCAUCGUCGGACGCACAAGAUAGCGAACGAACGCGUCUUGAUUCCUUCUUGAUUCAGCAAUCUAUUUCAGAACAGUCUGAAGACCAAUCCAAACCAUCAUCUAUAGUAAACCAAGCUCCUCCCCGCCCGACUAGAGAGGCACGCCCUUCACCAACUACCGCGCUGAACUCUUCUGACGCGGGUCUAGUUGAAUGGGCUAAUUCACACUUGCCAGCUGCGUUGCAAAAUUACGAUCCCACUACCCAUCUUUUCAGCGGUCUUGCCCUUCUUCGUCUCUCGGAAUCAGUCUUAGGGAAAUCACCCUCACCCCCCGUGCUAGACUCAGCAUUCCCGUCUGGCCCCGGCGAUGACAAGCUGGAUGGGCUAUUCCGCCUGUUUGACUUCCUCCUUGACAACGACGUAAAAAUGGGCAGCGUAAGCAUCAACGACGUCCGACAAGGGAAACGCGAUAAAAUAUUACAGCUUCUCAAAGCACUCAAGGCAUGGGAGGACAGGAGGAUGGACAUAUUGAGAUCUAUUGGCGCAGGGACAAUUCAGACUGGUCCUUUCAUGAACCCCGAUAUAAACACUUGGAAGAGAUGA